CCACCUUGUAGUCUCGCCGCGGUGUACCGAGAGCACCUCCGUGUGGUGGCUCACCAGUAAAGUCGGUAUCGCCGACCAGUCGCCCAGCCAGCCGGUCAGCUAGCCAGCCAGCCAGCCAGCCAGCCAGCCUGCCUGCCAGCCUGCCAGCUAAUUCGCAGAAAACAAUCCUUACGUGCACACCGUAACGUGCACAUCGGUGGUGCACACCGGUCUUAUAAUGGCGCGGCAUGGUGACCGUUUUGGUACGAUAAAAGUUGAGGGCAACCUUCGGGUGUUCCUGCGCCGGUUCGAGGAGAGCUGAGGAAAAAAGAAGAGGGAGUGGAACGGGUUCUACGGUGCCAGUGUGCAGUCUAGUCCAAGACACAGGAUGAUAGCAAACGUCCGAUGAGCAUCCUGCUUCCCGUUGCCCUCCUACCAGAGUAAAAGAGAGAGUGUGUGUGUGUGAAGAGAGCGAAAGAGAGAGAGAGAGUAGUUCUCCGCGGGUGACUGAGCCACCGCCACCUUCAUCCUUCCUCCACCACCGCUAGCGGUGAGAAGAAGAGAUGUCGAAACCAGAGGAAAUGUCUACCAGUCGAGAAUCGCACGGGACUCGCGCCGCGAUCGGAAGAACCAUGUCGACGAGGAGGAAGACGCGGAGGACGAAGAUGAUCCCGCCGGACGGGGGAUGGGGCUGGGUGGUCCUGUUCUCCGCCCUCGUCGUCAACUUUCUCAUCCCCGGCACCGUCAAGUCCUUCGGCGUGCUCUUCGUCGAGUUUCUGCAUGUUUUCAAAGCCUCCUCCACGGCGGCCUCCUGGAUGCCGGCGUUAUGCUACUUUCUGUACAGCUCGUUAGGUCCUUUAUCUAGUAUUUUGUCGACCAAGUACUCCUAUAAAACGGUGACUCUCAUCGGCGGCACUUUUGCAGCCAGCGGGAUGAUGCUGAGCUACUUCGCUAAUUCAGUUACUUAUCUUUACGUCAGUUAUGGUCUUAUGGUCGGAAUCGGCGCUGGAUUGUCAUUUCCACCGACGGUUUACAUCGUUACGCAAUACUUCGAGAGACUACGAGGGGUAGCGAACGGUCUAUGCAUUUCUGGUAGCGCGAUCGGCACUAUAGUGCUACCACCGUUACUGCAAUAUCUCUUGGACUGCUUCGGAUAUAGAGGAGCUGUCCUCAUCAUGGGCGCGAUCACGCUGAACACGCUGGUCUGCGCCCUCCUAUAUCAUCCGGUCGAGCAGCACAUGAAAAUUGUGCCCCUGGACGAGGGAGUCGAUAACGAAGCGCUGACUCUCGACGAGCCUAUCGGUGGAAAAUGGGAGACAACUGAAAAAAUAAGAGAGGACGCAAAAUUCGAUGACGAACCAAUACGCAAGUUCUCAGAUCUUUUACACAACGCGCCAACCCUCGAAGAGCCUGUCGGCGGGAAAUGGGAAUCGAUUGAAAAAAUGGGAGAGGACGCAAAAUUCAACGACGAACCAAUACGCAAAUUCUCGAAUCUUUUGCACAACGUGGUGCUAGAGUCAACCACGGAGAAGGCAUCCGGUGGGCCUAAGAGGAAAUUGGAUUACAAGGAGAAUGAUACGAUCGUAGGAUUACGGUACAACGCUGUUAAGGACGAGGAUUCGCAUAUACAGGAAGAAAUUCCGCGAGAGAAUACUCUGAAUGAGUUUCGCAUGACAACUCCGUGUCUUGCCGAGGAAGAUGGCGAUCGUCCAAAUGGCGAUACGCAGAAUUUAUCGCAGCGAGACAGUGCUGUUACAGAGAAGAAUGGUAGGUCGCAAUUGGACUCCUCGAAAGUCGAGGAAAACCGAAAAGAAGAUAGCAGGGUGUGCGUCGAGGAACCGAGACGGAGCUCGGCAAAGACAUCGAAGAAAUGCGAUAGCAAGCUCGAGAAGAUGCCCUUCUUCGACCUGAGCGUGCUGAGGGAUCCCAUUUAUCUGGUGAUUCUCAUCUCCAACUCCACGUCGGCCAUCAGCAACACGAACUUUAUGAUUCUCCUGCCGUCCUACGCGAUCGCUGAGGGCUUCGACAAAAACUCGUCGGCCCUCCUGCUGUCCAUAGUUUCGGCGUUGGAUCUGGUCGGCAGGAUCAGCGGCGCGUCCUUAUCUGACAUCGAUUUUAUGCCCAAGUAUUAUUACUUCGUGGGCGGACUCGGCACCAGCGGAAUCGCCCUGGCUCUGUUACCGAUGGCGACCAGCUACACCAUGCUAUCGUUCUUCUGCGCCCUCUUCGGCCUGUCAUCAGGCAUGUACAUCGGCAUCACGACGGUCAUCCUCGCGGAUAUGCUGGGACCGGAGAAGCUCAGCUCGUCCUAUGGGAUCUCGUUGUUCGUUAACGGCGUGUUGCAGCUCGUCGGACCGCCCGUUUGCGGGGUCAUCUACGAGAACGUGCUGUCGUACAAGCCGAUCUUCUUGGCCUUCGGAAUCAUCCUGAUUUUGGGCACCGCGCUCUGGGCGGUGGUGCCGCUCAUCAACAGAAAUAAUAAAAAGGAUAUAGAAGCGAUAUAGGAUUCGCGCAGACAAUCAACGAAUCGAUUUAAAUGAGCGUUCUGCAAAAGACUUUACGUAUUACAAUCGCGACAAUUCAAUUGUUGGGGAUUCAACAACAUUCUUAGACACUUUUAGACAUGGAACGACGAACACUUGAGUCGUUGUUGUAUAUUUCUAGGCGAAUUUGACACUUAUGUUUCUUACGAUAUUUGUGCCCUAGAAAGGAAAUCUGGGAAAGCUCGUAAAAUUUAUUUAAUAUUAGAUUUGAAAUAUAUCGAGCUUUGUAUCCACAAAUCCAGCACGACCGUGCAUAUAUUAUAGUUAUAUCUGCGCAGCAGGUAUUUAGUAUUUUUCACGAUUCGUGCCAUUAUUGCUACAUAAGAUUGCUACAUAAAUCGUCAUGUAACGAAGGCUUGUAUAAACUGAAUAGCUGUCAUUAAGGACAGAACAAUUUUGUACUUUACCGAAAUGUCGAUCGAUAAAUUGUUGUUUAAGAUGUGAAAGGAACAUCUAUUCGCAAAUAUUCGUUGAUAGAAUAGAUAUAUAUUAUGUAUAUUAGUAAUAAAUUUUAUACCAUCCUGAAAAAUGAAUAUUUUGUAGAAAAUAUUUUUCCAUCAAUACGAUAUUAAUAUUUUUACAGCAUUUAUCUUUUUGUUUUUACGAGCUUUUCUGGAACGUGCACACAUCAAGCUAUUAUCAAGCUGUUUGAUUCCGUAGCUCAUUAACAUAAGUUUAAUUGUUAAAAAUAAUUUUUACUGCCAGUAACAAAAUAGUAUCAUUGAGAAAUAUCUAUAAACUUAUGUUAUCUAAUAAAAAUACUUAAAACGUUAGAAGAUGACGUAUAGAUAUAAGAACAUACAUACAUGUACGUAUUACAGGAGUUCCGUUAGACGACUUUGUGCCAAAGUAAUCAGGAAAGUUUUUAGUAGUUUGAAUCACAUUCAGUCAGAGACAUUUAGUUAUUAAAUCAUGUAACGGCAAUGAAUAUUCGAUUAUGCUAAAUGUUGAAUAGUCGGAAAUACGUAAUGAUAUAAUAUAACUAAGUAGUUAGAUCAUGAGGACCAUAAUAACGUAACAUUAGAAAUAAGUUUAACAGUUCUGAAUAUUCCUUAUGUCUUUGACUCAACGUUUCUCUUUUUCUUCUCUCUCUCUCUCUCUCUCUCUCUUUUGCUAUUAAUGUUUUUUAUCUAAACUAAAAAGAUAAGGAAAUUGAAAGUAAUUUCAGAAGACUCUUUUAUUAUUUUCAUAGAGAAUAUAGAAGAUGUCGGUGCCGUAAGAUACACAGGGAAAUAGAAGAUAAAGAAAUAUUUUGAAUUAAGUAAAUAAUAAAUACCUUUUUUUAUCCGAUUUUAUUGUAGCUUUAGGUUUUUAACUUAAUUCUACGAGUUUUCUCUGACACAAGUUUUAUGUAUGCGAAUAUAACGAAAGAGAAGGAUAUGUUGAAUGACAUUUUUCGUAAUCUUUAAAAUUUGGGCAAUGUUGAGAUUAUUUACUAUAUGCAAAAUAUAUUUCUGUACAUAUC